AUGAUCCAGCUCCCUGUUGUCCCGAGUUUCUUGACUCGAUCUGAAGCGCAGCCUUUGAUUGUUACACUGGAUACCGCGAAGAAAAUGUCAAAGCGCGCUCAGCGGUUUCUAGGGUUCAGGUCACAAUAUCCUCGUGGCUCGCCGGGACUGUGGACAAAGGAUUACAUCGACCUGGCCUUGCAUGUCGGGCUAGAUGAUCUGAGGGGUGCCAUGGAAGAUUUGCAGGACGUGAUAAACCAGCCCAAGCAGUGGGACAUGAUUGAUUAUGACAAUUAA